CAUCAGUCGUUCAUUUCGUUUCCAAUUUCUGUUACGGCUGCAAGCGGCUGUUUACUGUUCCGCAGUUCUGCUGCCUCGAUUUUCACAUCGCUGUCAAAAAGUUAAUUUACUAUCCGCGUGGUUUUACUCGCGUCUGUGAUAAUCGGAGAAAACCACCUUAUACUGUGUAAACAAGACAAUCUUUGUAUUUUUCAUACUUCUGAUUCAUUCCUAAAACUUCAAAAUGGUAGCGAAAGCUGACUUUCCAUUAAUUCCAAAAAUCAUCAAUGGUGGUAUCGCUGGUAUCAUUGGCGUGACAUGUGUCUUUCCCAUCGAUCUAGUGAAAACGAGGCUGCAGAACCAACAAGUCGGACCACAAGGCCAAAAAAUGUACUCCUCCAUGUUAGAUUGUUUCCGAAAAACAUACACAAGAGAGGGAUUUUUUGGCAUGUACAGAGGAUCAGCUGUGAACAUACUUCUGAUUACUCCUGAAAAGGCCAUCAAGCUUGCAGCUAAUGAUUUCUUCCGUCAUCAUCUUUCCUCUGGUUCUGGAAAACUGUCUUUGCAAAGAGAAAUGAUUGCUGGUGGAUCUGCUGGUUUCUGUCAGAUAAUCAUCACCACUCCCAUGGAACUCUUGAAAAUACAGUUGCAAGAUGCAGGCAGAGUAGCUGCAAGAGGACCAGGUGGAGGUGGAACGGUGGUUGCGACUUCAGCAACUUCCAUAGCCCUUCAGCUGCUUCGUACGAGAGGCAUUGCUGGACUGUACAAAGGCAUUGCAGCUACAAUGCUGAGAGAUGUCAGCUUUUCUGUUGUGUAUUUCCCUCUGUUUGCGCACUUAAAUGCCUUAGGUCCUCGAAAGAAAGAUGGCAGUGGAGAAGCUGUAUUUUGGACAUCAUUCCUAGCAGGCUGCUUAGCUGGUUCUACAGCAGCAUUUACUGUGAAUCCAUUUGAUGUUGUGAAGACGAGGUUGCAGCUUCUCCAAAAGGCAAGUGGUGAAAUGACAUACUCAGGGAUACCAGAUGCUUUUGUAAAAAUAAUGAAAAAUGAAGGACCUUCGGCAUUUUUCAAGGGGGCUGGUUGCAGGAUGAUUGUGAUUGCUCCUCUCUUUGGAAUCGCACAAACUGUUUAUUAUUUAGGGGUAGCAGAAUGGCUACUAGGGAAGAAGAGGAGGCUUGCUAAGGAGGCUAAGUCAUUGGAAUUGUCACCAAUAUCAAGCGUUUUCUGUGAUGCACCACAUGUCAAUGUUGAACACCAGAAAAAAGAUAUUAAUUAUUUAUUAGAGAAAGAUCCAUUUGUUGCCAAUAUUGCUGAAGAUUAGUACAAAAAAAAACUACCAAGUGAUAGAUAUAUUAUGAACUAUUUAUUAUAAGAAUUUUAAUUGAAGCAGCAGAAAAUUUUUACUAUGAUGUUCUUAUAUCAGGUUAUCAGUGAUGAGUCACUAGUGCACAUUUAUUAUUUCAAAGCAAUAAAAUAUAUUUUGGGGAUGAAUUAAAUAAGAUAAAUAUAUAUUCGUUAUUAAUUUAAUGAAAUAAAAUUUUAAUUGAUGAUAAUUUUUUUAAAUCAUGCAUAAAAAGUCACUCACCACUGAGACAGAUUCAGCUACUGUCAGUAUUUUUCAAUAUCAGUGUGCGAAACCUAAUUUCACUUUUUCUAGUUGUUGAAAACCGUCUUUUACGAGCUUAUGUCAUGCAGUAUCUGUUUUUAUCCAAACAACGCUGUCUGUGCUACGAUUUUCAUGAAAUGAGUUUUGAAAAGCUGGAAAAUGAAAAAUCUGUACUCUGUUAUUAUUGAGAUUUAAUUUGAUGGACACUUGAUAUAAGAUCAUUUUAUUUUAGUAUUUGCAUUUUUUUUCUGUAUUUACAGAGUAACCUUUUCUAUAAAGGUAUAUAUUAUUUUACAUGUUCCUUUUUUACCUUGUUCAUUAUUUGUGUGUAUAUUUUUAUAUUUGUAAUUUUUUUCAAAUGUUUAAUUCUUUAAAACUUUUAAUUUGAAAUGUUGGAACAAUAUUAAAAUAAUUUUUACUUUUAUUUAAAUCUGCAUUUGUGGAAUGCGUAAGUAACAUAGAUAAGCUAUUUCUCUAGUCUUGUUUCAUAUGUUCAUAAUGACUUUUUUUGAAAUUUUGAUGUAGAAAGAAAAACACACAAAACAAUCAAUGUUAAAUGUUUUCUUUCAAUGUUAUAACUCUUAAAGUCAUGCAUUUUAAAUUUCUGUAUAUUGUCUUUUGAAACUCAUUUGGGCUUUUUGCAUACAUUUGUAACAUAGUCGAAAUAUAAAUUUUGUUCUGUGUGUUAGAUGUUUAAAAUAGUAAUUGUGUCAAAGGUGCUCUGUCUAUAUACAAUUAUGAAAAUGGGCCAACAAAAAUAUUGUUUUUGUAAUAACUCACCUUCCUUAAACACUAAACAAUUAAUGCUAAUUCAUUAAUAUCUUAAUUUAAAAGAUAAUUUUAAUGCAUUAUAUAAGAGAACUUGGUACUAAUUUUACUGAAUGUCAAAAGCAUGUUACUGCUGUUACUGUGUAAGAGAUCUGUUAAGUGUUUGGACAUUCCAGUACUGUAACUUAGCCCACUGAGAUGUGCAUUUGUGUAGGAGUUUUUAUUGUAUGUGAAUGUGGAAAGCACUACUGAUCAAUGGUAUGUUUCACCGAAAAGAUAAUUUUUCACAAAAUCUGCUCAAUCAAAAUAUUACUGAUAAUUUCACAAAACACAUUAAGAUAGCAAUAAACAUGCGAAAUCUCAUUUUAAAAUUACAAAUGUUUUUUUAUAUAUAUGUUCCAUUGCAUUAUUUAUCCAAAACAUUUAAACAUGUAUAGAUAAAACUAGGUUUUCCAGCUAUUGGUGGAAAGAUAAAUGUUUAGCCAUUACUGAAUGUGAUAAAAGAGCCAAAAGUGUUCUUACUGUUGUGUAAACUGUUGUAUCACUGUUUGCAUAGUUUAAAAUAAAAUCGAUCUUAAUGUGAA